CUUUCACUUUCGCUAGUAGAAUUUCCUGUUUCCUGUUUGGGUGUUGGGUGUUUUGCGGAGCUCACAUUCACUGGCUUUGGGCUUAUAGAACCAUAUACCUACCAUCGCUUUGAUCAAUAUCGAUCUUCACCAUUCCUUUAUUGGCAUUUACUGUCAAUAACAAGCACAAACGACUUCGUAAAGCCGUAUUUAUCCCCUCGACUUGUGCAAAGAGAGAUUCAGCACUUCUUUAUCCUACUUUUCGUCUCCGGAAUUUGACACAAGUGCAUUUCAGUGAAUCGGCUCUGGUGUCAAUAAAUGGCUACGUGUUGCAGUUUAGACGCAGAGUUAGCAUCCAAGCAUGACAGUAUCCAAGAGCAGACAGAUAAAGUUCUAAAGAAUGCCAGAUGCCGCUCCCAUCUGAAUCAUUACCUGGAUGAGCUGGACCGGAAAUUUAGUGUGGAUUUGAGAGACCAGGAGGUGAUAAAUAUACGGAAAGACAUGGAAUAUAUUGCUAGUCAAUUCGCCAAGAAGGUCGCAUGUCAUGAUGCUCGUUUCAAGGGAGAAAUCCUAAACUCUGGAAGCCAUUACGAAGGUUUACAAGUUUCGGCACCUGAUGAGUUUGAUUAUAUGAUAGAGAUAGAGGAAUUGUCAAAACAAUCGAUGGUUGAUUUCAGGCCGACGACAGAUUCCGGAUUUUUCUAUGGUUAUUCUAAGGCUUCCAAUAGAUGGAAAGAUUGUAUCUCGCUGUUUUGCACUGAUCACAAUCAGCCAUUACGCUUACAAAGUAUCUGCCCAUUAUGUUCUAAUAAUUCGAAGUUGUACCAACGCAUUCUUGACCCAGAAAAAGUACAGGAUGUGUUUAGAAAGAUAGCUGAUGAGGUGAUGGAAGAACUGCUCCUUCCCAAGUACUGGGAACAUGGGGGCUUUAACCGGCCCCGGUUCAGUGGACACAGAAAACAUGGUCCAGCUACCAUGUUCCAAUUGAUAUAUAGGACGGAGAAGGAAAUAAAGAUCAACAUUGACAUCACCCUGGCUAUCAAGGUGCCAAAGCCAACACCCUCAGUGGUCUUGCAGUCCCUGAAAAUCAUGCGUCAAGAGCCAUGCUCAAGCAGAAUGGAUGUGAGGAUACUAUUGGGAACUGACCCAGGAGUCCAUAUGAUACCACUUUACUCAAAAAUGAUGCUUCAGAAAAGGAAGUAUGCCAAAAAGCAUGCUUGGCGGUUGUCAACCUCUCUGGUUGAGGGCAGAAUAUUUCAGGAACUCGGAUAUGAUGCAUUGCCAAGCAGAGCAAUCAGGGUGAUGAAGAUACUCCGGAAGGAAUACCUGACCUAUUUCAGUCGUAAAACUGUACGCCAGCGACGUCCAAGAAAGACUGCUGCAAAGAAAAAUAAAGCAUCACAGAAAGAACAGGUCAGAAACCAAAUCGAGGAUGACACAACAGAUCUGACUGAUAAUGAUGAAGAUGAGUCCAGCAAAACAAAAAACUACUUCAUAAAGGGCGCCAUUACAGAACUUCAGAAAGUAUUUGAAGACCUUGAUGUUACUUUUGACCCUGUGGUAAUGAAACGCGAGCAGUAUCAAUUACAAGAUGUUGGUUUGAUGUCCGAUCUGCCCAAACCUGGAUCUGGGGAAUAUUAUGGAGCAAAACAGUAUGUGGCAUCCAUUGAGAUCAAAAUGGCCAUUCUGGAACUUGUGCUAAAGGACUCCGAGCUUGGUUUAUCAACUAUCGACCUAGCAGGCACCGUUUUACAUCUGUGUCAAGUGUUUAAAAGCAACAUGGCUCAGGGAAGGGUGGGUGAGAAUGUCUUUAGUGGUGGUGAGGUCUGUACAUUGCCUAGCUCGGAGAAAACGAACAGAGCAAAGCUGGCCCUCAACAAACUCUUGUCGCAUUUGGUGGAAGUUGCCAGCAAAAAAACAUAGAGACGAGGGACAUCAGACAACCAUGAAUCCCUCAGAUAUAUGUGUUGCUAUGUGAAUAGGGGACUUGCGCUUAGAGAUCACAUUACUGCUAUCAAGUAUGCUACUUAACAUGUAGCUCAACUGACGCUCAUGAUUUGAUGAAAUGAAUAUGUAUUCAACUAAAAUAAAUACAGGUUAAGUAGUUUUGGAGUACAUAUCAAGUAUACUACUUAGUAUGUAGCUUAACUGAUGCUCAUGAUUUGAUAAAUUUAAUAUGUAUUUAACCCAAGAAAUACAGGUUAAAUAGCUUUGGAGUAUAUAUCAAGUAUACAACUUAACAUGUACCUUAACCGAUAGUUGUAAUUUGAUUGAUUUUUAAAUCCAAUUAAAAUAUGUAUUUUACUAGAUAAAUACAGACUAAGUAGUAUUCAGUUACAAAUUAAGUUUACCUGUUAUGGUAUCCCUGUGUUAUAAUAUGUUAUGGUAUCCCUGUGUAAUAAUUAGCAUAGACCCAUGUAAACCAGCCAAGAUGGCGUCCUAGUAAACCUCAGUUGUUGUGUUA